AUGGGUAACUUGUUUUUAGAUCGGAACAUGGAUAUCAAAGUCGGAGAUUUCGGACUGGCAGCGAUGAUCUUGUCCGAAAAGGAAGCAAAGCGGCGACAAACUCUCUGCGGUACUCCAAAUUAUAUCGCGCCAGAAGUCAUUGAUAGAAGCAAAGGCGGGCAUAAUCAGAAGGUAGAUAUAUGGUCACUGGGAGUCAUCUGCUUUGCAAUGCUUUCUGGGUUCCCUCCAUUCCAAUCUAAGACCCAAGAGGAGAUCUAUAAAAAGGUCAAGAAUUUGAACUACGUGUGGCCGAAGGAUAGCGAGUGCUCAAACUACAUUCCGGUGGAGGCAAAGAGCCUUGUGAGCUCUUGCUUGAAUCUGGAUGAGGAGAAGCGGCCCUUGCCAGACGAUAUUGUGGAACACGAGUUUUUUAAUAUGUAUCCAGGCUGCAUUCCUAGAUCAUUGGACCCUUCAUGUAAGCAGAUGAAGCCGGUAUGGUUGAAAAUGGAAGAGCCUCAAGGUGAUCGAAUGAUACAGGGAUAUGGCUUGGAUUACGAGAGCAAAUACCGCGGCAUGAUAACACAGAUUAAAGAUCCCCGAGAAAGGUAUGCACUUUCUAGGGAAGCCUUUUACAGUGAGUGCGGAGUUGGUCGCAAACGAGAUGGAACCCCGCGCAAAUGUAGCGGCAAACACUCCUCUAAAAGUGUUUUUUCAGAAACAUCUGCAGAGACGGAGAAGAUGCUUUCGCCAAUUAUCCCAUUGCCGGCAGACGUUGUUUACCAAUACCCAGCGUAUACCGAUGGGGACUGGAGCGUACCCGACAAUGUAGCUCCUUCAAUUAACGAGUUUAAUGAAUCAACCAGCUCUGAUGAUAGCAGCGAAAAGAUUACUCAGGUAGAAUCUCCGAAGAGGACGAAUGGAAUGUCGCUUGCGAGAACACAAGCUGCACUGGCUGCAGCGCAAUCUCGACGGAUCGAUUCGAAACCACAGAGCCAUGCAGCCUCGCUUCGUCAACAAGCAUUGCCUAUUCGCCAAUCGAGCAGGAAUGCCGGCCCUAUGAGAGCCCCUACCGUAACUGCAACGCAUGCCAGGAGGAACCUGUCUACAUCUCAUGAUAACGUUCCUGAGUCUCCUCCAAAAGGGCUGGCUCAAAGACCCGUUCGCGUUCCUAGGGGAGUUGCUGCGUCAUACUCAGCUUCACUACGCGAGCUUGACAGAAUCGUUGCUCCACCAAUGCCCAAGUCCGAAAGUGUACCUGACGGUCUUGCUAUGGGCAAGACACGAUCCCAGUCGCGUCGCCAGUAUGAAGCUGCUAUGGAUGCAUCUGUGAAGCCACAAUUUACAAACGAUGAAGUGCGCUCUACUACACCACAGAUGGAAGAACCUCGUUCAAAGUCGUCUAGACCUCGGGUUGCGCGAGCGCCGGGCUCAGAGCAACCAGAAAGCCGAAAGGAAGUUCCAAUGGAGAAGAAGAUAUACAAAACCUCGCAAGUACCAACAGCGGGAGAUACGCAAAGUCACGAGCGACAGUCGAGCAAAUCUAGUACAUCCUCAAGCAAGCCACGAUCAACACUUGGCGCCAGUCCGCUUAUACAUCCGAAUGAAAAGUUUGACUUACUCCCUCGCUCUUCAGCAGAAGACGUCGUUGUUGAUAUCAAGCUUAUGCUUCGGAAUAUGAUGCCAUCAUCAUCUCGUACAUAUCGGUCCCACUCUAAGCGCCGCCCGCACCCGUAUGUCAUCAAAUGGGUUGAUUAUACAAACCGCUAUGGAAUCGGCUACAUAUUGGACGAUGGCACAGUUGGUUGUGUUUUCAAAGGAGAACACGGGCAGGCGGCCAGUGGUAUCAUAUUACGAGAUGGAGAGAGGCAUAUUCGUCGUAAGUCUCGGUGCCUAGAGAACCGGAACGUAGCCCAAUAUGCCUACUCGGAGGUGGAUCAGCUUGUGCCGCGCAAUGGGAAGCCCGUUGAGUUCUACGAGAAUACAGAGCAGGGCCCGGCAGAGGCUCGUGGAAUGAAGCGUAUUCUCAUCCAGCCAGACGUUUUUGAGGUUAAGAUGUCCAGUGCGGGAACAGGAGCUAUGGGGAUCAAAGUCAGAACCGAUAUUGGAGCAGACCAAGCCAAGUCAGAAGCAGAGAAGGUGAAAAGGGUCAAACUCGUGGAUCAAUUCGGGAAAUAUAUGAUUGGAUCCUUGGGUAGGCACGGUCUAGAUGAUUCCAACAAUGACGAUGCAAGGGAAUCGGAUGCCUGCAUUAAAUUCUACCAGCGACUGGGUAAUGUUGGCGUCUGGGGGUUUGGCGAUGGAGCUUUCCAGUUCAAUUUCCCUGACCACACCAAGCUUGUGAUUUCACAUGGCAAGAGCCGAGGCUCAUCACCAUGGAUUGACUUCUAUCACCUAUCGCCUUCUGCCGCACGGUAUCUAGCCACCAAAGGCAAGAUGCACCCGUCCGGGUUUGACACUCGCGCCGUUGCCUCCGAUGAGGGGGCCACUUUCAUAGCUAUCGCCAGCGGCUCGGCGGAGCAUGGCGGUGAUGACCGAUUACGAGACGUGCUACAGGCAAAUUGCUUCAUACGCAAAAUGAAAUUUAUCAAGGAAGUCCUCAGCACCUGGAUCUACUAUGGACGACUAGGAGGCAGACCAUCGGCAUCUUCUCCCACAACAACCGGUUCCAAUGUUCAGCCCACUGAGAUCUUCUGGGAUGGCCCGCAGGAACGUCCAUCAAGCGGAGUCGGAAAGUAUGUUUGGGUGACCGUCGGUGCUCAAGGCGGAGAUGGCGAAUAUAUCUGCAUGGCUCCGAAUACAGCCAAUAAUGGUGUUGAUGUAUCUGAGCGAGACCCUCCUCCUACAGCAUCUACCCAGAGGCGGUAUGAUCAUCAUCAUCAACAACAACAACAACAACAACAAACGGCAGGUCAAAAAGCGAUGUCGAAUAUGCGAGGCUUAGAAAGGGAGUAA